UUUGCAGGUUAUGGAAAAUGUCAGGUUCCACGUUCAUUCACGCCCUAGUAAUACUUAUGGCUUUUGGACAGUCGAUUGCAUCAAGUCGCUUCAAAGAUCCAGGGAUAUGUGGACGUCCGACAUGCAAAGCUAGGCAAAAGUUUGCCUAUAAAGAGAAAAUGGACUACACAUACAGGUACACCAUGACUACUAAUGUUAAUUUUGAUGGAGCUGGUCCUGAUUCGACCGAACUGCAAUUUGAUUUUGUUUUCAAAUUUCAGUUCAAAAGUAAAUGCGAAGGAAUAUUAAAGAUCGAAAGCGCACAAAUCGAAUACGGUUCAGAUGGAAACAACACUAUGGUACCUCAUGAAAAUGUAAAAAUAUUAACAAAAAAUAUUUUAAGAUUUUAUUACGAUGACGGAACCAUACCGGAAAUCUGCCCCGAAGAGGAGGAUCCAUUAUGGGUUGUAAACAUUAAAAGAGGAUUGUUGACAAUAAUGCAAAAUACAAUGGAUAGAUUUGACAUAGAUCAAGGUGUAAUGGAGAGAGAUGUCAAUGGGGACUGUUUUGCCGGAUAUUUCUUCAGGGAAGUGAACGGUACCACGUUGGUUAUUGAUAAAAAAAUAGACGUCAACUCAUGCACAAACAGAUACCAAAUAUAUUCCAUUGUCCCUAUGACUCCUUACGUGUUUCAAAAGAAAUAUCACAAGUGGACCCCAAUGAACUCGUCCAUUUUCUGCAGUCAACACAUCGAUCACAAAAUUUUGACAAUAAUUAAUUGCCAAGAACGCCAUGAGUAUCAGCCUUUCUACAAUCAGACAAACGGUGCUAAGACGGCUGCUAGGAGCGAGAUCGUACUCAUUUCCGAAACACCGACUACUCUUCCAGACCAAGAAUUGAUAAAAAACCUAGGAGCUGUUGCCGUUCGGGAUAACUUACUAUUUGACCACCGUAGGGCUUUGAAAACAAACAAUGACAACCUUAUUAUGUGCAAGAAGCUACUAGUAUCCCUUUGUGAUAUUAACACGAUGGAAUUUCAACCGAAAUAUACCGAAUAUUUUACAAAGUUUAUUCACGUGGCAAGAGAUUUGUCACUACCUACACUUGGGCAACUUUUUUAUGAAUCAAACUACAUUUGUGAGUCUGGAAGGAUGCACAUGCUAGAUGCCUUGCCUUACAUCAGAAGCAGGGCUUCAACAAAGAUUAUGACAGAUAUAAUUACGGACGGAACUACAAACAAUGCCACUAUUACUGAAUGGCUAUUCAUAAUGGCUUUCGUCCCUAGGCCUGAUGCUGAAACCAUAGAUGCUGUGGCGAAAUUAGUACUAUCAGCAAACUGGACAGCACCCGCUGCUCUCACAGUUUCAACAAUGAUACACAACUUCUGUCAAAGAAGCAAGAAUUGCAAUAAACAGGAGUCGGUCGUUAAAGUUAUGGAAAAACUUGAAGAUGUAACAAGUGAAUCCUGUGGAUCUCAUAAUCAUAAUGAGAAGGUAUACAGCGCUCUCAAAGCUAUUGGUAACGCAGGUGUCGCAACGGAUACCUUAAACCUGACGCUUCAGGACUGUAUUAAGAAUCCUUCAAUGCCUACCGAUGUAAAAAUUUUAUCAAUUGAAGCACACAGGCGAUUACCAUGUGAAACCAACCGAGAAUUUCUUCUUGAUCUUUUUAAAAAUCGUUCGGCCGAAGGUGAAGUAAGAAUAUCUGCCUACCUUCAGAUCAUGCGGUGUCCAACAUAUGCUAUUUUAAAAGCAAUUAAGACAACCUUAGAAAGCGAAGAAUUCAACCAGGUUGGUUCAUUCGUGUGGAGUCAUUUGAAGACAACCAUGAAAUCAUCAUUUCCGAAUCGUGUAGAGGUACAAGCAAUGCUUGAAGAUGAACAUUUCAAUGAUAAGUUCGACAAAGAUUUUAGAAAAUACUCAAGAAAUUACGAAAGUUCAUUCUACCUCAAUCAGUACGGAGUGGGUGGAUUCAUGGAAACUAACAUAUUGUUUUCACGUAAAUCAUUUAUUCCAAAAAUAGUCAAUUUUAAUAUCACCAUAAACCUGUUUGGAGAAACCUUAAAUAUUUGUGAGGUGACAUUCUUUAUCCAAGGAAUGGAUGCAGUUGCGGAAAAGAUAUUCAAUAACAAUGCGCUAUUCAAUAAAGAGUUAUUUGAAAAAGCGUUAAAACUUGUCCGUAUUAUAAGAAAUUCGCCAAAUCCAAUACAGGCUCUUAUUGACGAACUUCCGUAUUUUCCAGCUAUCGAUGAUAUUAAGAUUUCAGUUUCAUUGAAAAUGUUUGGUAAUGAAUUGAGCUAUUCCCAGAUAGUUGGUAUUGAUCAAUUUCUAGAAGAAUUGAAAAAGCUUAAUCCUAUGAGGAUCAUACGAAAUUUCUUCAGUGGGCAGGAAAUCAGUUUUAAAACAUCAUCUAUGCUGGUGGAUAUAUAUUAUGUUACGCCAAUGAUGAUCGGGCUUCCUCUAAGGCUCAAUUCAAUUGGUACCGCGACGAUAAAGAUUGACGCCAAAGGCCUCAUCAAUGCAACUAAAUUCUCUUCCGAUAAGGAAUUAUUCCUGAAAGGCAAGUUAGUACCUAGUAUAGGUUUGAGCUUAAAAGCUGCCAUGGAGGUGGAUGCAUUCGUCGCAACAACAGGAAUCAAGUUCAAGGGUACAGUGUAUACAUCAACAGCCCUCGAAGGAAGCUUUGUAACAAAGAAGAAUCUGACGUUUGUACAAACCACAUUCAAUUUGCCUCUUGAAAAGUCCGACAUCGUUCAUGCUGAGACGCACCUGAUACUGAUAGUAAACGACGAUGAGAGGGAAUUGGCUGGAAUCACUGCCGGUCGAGAGGAGAAACGAAUGUGUUCCUGGUCUAUAAUAGACGAGACGAUUGGCUUGAAGUUGUGUGCCCAUACCUUACUGCCUAAUAAAGAGCAACUUCUCAAGUCUCCCUUAUUCCUCUUCAGUGGACCGCUAAAACUCGGAGUGACAUUAGAGAAGUCUGACCCGACAGCGAAAUUAUAUAUUGUGGAAUACAAGUUGGAUAAUGUUAACAAUAAAACUGUGCUGAUGUUUAAAUUUGAUACACCAGGAUCAAAUACAAAAAGAGCAAUGACCGCCAUGAUAGAUCUUGAUCCACAAACUCAAAACCUGACUUUAGCCUACAAAUCAAGCUUGAGUCAAGUGCAAGCUGAAGGUUAUUAUAGAAACACACCAAGUGAAAAACUCAUCAACUUUGGCUUGGAUAUUAACGGGGUAAAACACAUAGAUAUUCAAAUUGGAGUUAAUAUUACAGAAGAAAAAUAUGGAAAUACUUAUCACCCAAGGUUAUUGUUUGCUAUUAAUAACAAACGUAUUGUUUCAUUAUCAGGUUCCAUUUCUUGGGUAAAAAAGAAAGGUUUAUCUCAGUGUCAUAUAGAAUUAGAUUUUCAAACGCAACGCUUUGCAACUGUCAUAUCAGGUUAUGGAAGAUUGAGUGAGGUAUCUUUUGCGACGAAUAUUAAAAUGGAUUAUAAAUUCGGGACAGGUUCCAUAGAAACCGUUAAAAUUGAACUCAAACUCGACAACAGGUCUACCAAAUUCCUGACAAAUUAUACAACACAGUUGCAGCUUGAAUCUACCGCUUAUCCGGAAAUUAACUUUAUUCUAUCAGUAAAAUUUCAGAAAGCUCAAAGUCAUGUCGAUUGCCGACUCAACAUGCUGACAAAUCCAUACAUUAAAGAUGACAAGCAAAAACUUAGGGUUCGUUGGGACUUGCAACAAUUUAAGGCAUUUGCUAUUAACAAACUUAACACUUCCUUAGAAAUCAUAAAGCCAAACAGUGGAAUUGACAUUAAGCUGGGAUUCAUUAAACAAAAUACUCCAAAUAAUUCCACCUCCAAGGUGAUUGUCAGAUACGCAACAGGUAAAGAAAUAAUUUUGACAUUCGAUUUGAACAUUCCUCAUGGAUCAUUGUUCUAUUUCGAAAACAAGAUAAAAGUAUUAUUAAUGCCAUCUAAGGAGCAAAUGUCAGUUUGUGUAAAGAUAUUUGAAAAAUCUCCCAAUGAUUACGACGUCGAAUUUGCUGGCGUUUGGUUCAGCGGUCAUAAUUUAACUGUCCGUGGGAUGUUACAAGACCAAUCUGAUCCAUAUGUAUCCAGUUACAAUUUCAAAAUUUUAGCGAGGUCUCAACUAUUUAACGAUCUGCUGCUGUCAGGAAAAUAUUUGAAUAGAGAAGAAGAAAUCAAAACUGAUCUUCAGGCAGAGCACAACAACAUAAAUUAUGGUCUGGGAUUCCGUCAUUUGUCAGAAAUUAUUGGAGUGUAUGAAACGUUUGCCGAAAUCAAAUACGACACUGCGGUUUAUUCAUUUUCUAAUUUCUUGGAUCUUAUCAAAAGAAGGACAGUCUUAGAGCUUCAUCUCGACCAAUAUCGAGACGUCCACAUUUCUAUUCACGGAAUUACAAAUAAAACCAUUUUGGAUGCUGGACUGGAUGUGAAGUGGGAUGCCAACAGAGACCCUUCACAGAAACUUACCGCUAUUCUAUUGUCAAAUUCUUAUGGAAAUUUGAAUUAUGAUGGGAAGUGCAUAAUUGAAUACCCAGGACGGUUGAUAACGUCAUAUUUCAACAUGGAGCAUAAACUUGUUGAUUAUUCCUUAUUUGCAAAAGUUCAGUGGAGCCAAAAAGACAUUAUUGUUUCGGUUUUCAAAGGUAUAUAUGAUAUGGAUGAAAACAGAUUCGCUAAAAUAGAAGGCAAAGUAGAAACGCCAUUUACAAAUUGGGAGCAUACAUCACUAGUUUAUCAAAUUAAGUUUGAUCCACAGCUGAUGAAAUCAAACGGUACCGUAAUAUGGAAAACAGACCAGAAAUUUGAUAUGGAAGUUUCCUAUCGAUAUAAUUUCACAACUGAUAACAACUUCAUAGUCUUCAUCAGUGAAAUUAACAGUACUAUACCAGAAGUCAACUCCAUGAAAGGAAUUUUAAAAUAUGCCCAAAUAGAAAAUAAAUUUGUGACUGAAUUAAUAAUCCAGCCAAGUCCUGCUAAUAAAUUCGCAGUUGAACUUCUGGGUGAGAAGAUGUACGCCACUGAUUACUCUUACUAUCAUGCAUUUUUUGGUAUAUUAACACCAUUCGAGACCAUGAGAGCUGCGACCAUUAAUGCUGGAUUGUAUCUUUACCCGAUGAAAAGGUUCAAAGGAAACAUACAGUUCACUGGAGAUGGAAAGAAAUAUGUAACAACAGUCGACGGUUCUUUUCAUGUAUUGAAAGAAAGUAAACUGAACUUUCACAUCAAUACACCUUUUGAGAAGUACACACUUAUAACUGGAAGGUAUGCUUUCUCUGCAAGCAACAAACGUUUCUUUUUAGACCUGAAAGGCCCCACAGUUUCAGCUGGUGCCGAUAUCAUUUACGUAUAUAAUAACUUUUCUAAUUUUGAUCUAAAACUGAAAGCCCAUGCUUCUGUUUCCUUAGUCAGCCUCCUCAUAGUAGGAAAAAGAGACUUGGACACUAUUGAUGUGAGGAUCGGAUGGAACACACUACUUGUUGGUUUUAUUGGACGGUCACACUACAUAGCAUGGCAUGACGUGGACUAUAGUUUACAACUGUUUACACCCUUUGAAGGAUACAACAAAGGUUCCGCUAUAGCUAAAUUAAUUUAUAAUGACAAGCUAGAUCUGGAGACGUACGUCAAUUUGGGUGAAAAAAAGAUUGGUUUAAAAGUUCAAGCUAUGAAAAAACCAGAUCCUGAAUUCGCAGUUCCUUUCAGUGAAGAUGUUUCAUCUCGAAAAUUGAUAAGUGGAGACAAAUACAUCGAACCCUUUAAUUAUGAUGAGAUAGAGUAUGGUAACACCUACUGGAGAGGAGUGUUUCAAUUUGAUUCAACACUUUAUCCAACGGUACACGGCAUCGUACAGGUUAACGACGAUGGUGUAGAAUACUACACCAUAUCGUAUUUAAGUUUCCCGUUUGGCCAAGUGAAAAUAACGGAUACAUUGAAAUAUACUGAUUUGCUGAAUUUAAAAAAUUUUAUGAACGUAAUCACAACUUGCAACUGUUUGGAUAAUGGUGAGGUCAGUUUCUCUAUUGGAGGUACAUUGGGAAGGAAUAUACAAGCAACUUUAGAGGCAUCUGCAAAGGUUUAUAAUACUUCAUACAAGGGAGAAUUAGAAACUGACUACUUAUAUAUUCCAGUUAGCGAAGAGAACAAAUCUGAGGGCUUCUAUAAUAUAACUGCACGGGCUAAAACACCUUUCAGGAAACUUGCACAUGCAUAUACUAACGUCCUUUUGAAAGCCGAAAGUCCAAUAUAUGUAGGAAAUUUGACUGUGGAAAUGAACAACUCUACGGUCUACGUCGAUGGGACACUAGAGAACGAUGGAACUAUAUUCACUAUGGAUGUGGGAGCAAAAAUUAACACUACAAUCUUCAAACUACCUAUGUGUCGAUUAAUGCUUAGCAAAGAUUUCACAGAUUUUGAAAAGGAACUGAAAGUUGGGCUGGCUUUACCCAAUGAAAGAGGAGAUUCCCUUGUACAUUAUGGAAUAGCUUUAGCUUGGCAUUAUGAUGGACCACAGUACUUGAAAUAUGUUUUGUCUAUAUUAACACCAUACCCCUCAAUUGGAACAAUCAAAACUAGUGUGUCUUAUUCUAGUGAUCCAUCAUUCGAAGAAUACUUCUUGGAGAUAUAUGUUAAAUAUUCUAAGUUGAAUGAAAUAACUGCAUGGAGUUCAGUGAAAAAACAGAUGUUCAAUUUCCAUGUCCUUUCUACUUCUGAAUUAAUCAGAAACAUUAGCAUCAAUGGAGUCCUAAAAAACAAAGGAGGUGUUCGUAGUUUAGAUGCAGUCUUGAGCUGGGACAAAGAAUACAGGAUGCUUGGAUGGGCUACAGUGAAUUCUAAAAAACCUUUUAUGGUUGAAAUCAAACUCUAUAAAACAGCAACUAAUACAGAAGUUUUUGGUCUCUCUCUCAGUGUUCAUAAGAAAGAUAAUCGGUAUGACAUAAACUCACUGAUACAGAGAUUUGAUCACAGAAUUAAUAUCUUAUGUGAUUAUGUCAUAAUAGAUAAUAUUGGAAAACUUCUUCAUGUAAUGUUAUCAAGCACAUACCCAGGGUAUGAAAAAUUUGUUUUGUACUCUGAGUUUCUAAGUAAAGACAGUGAAACAAUGGUUACUCAAGUAAAUGGAGAAGUACAAUCUAAAUGGAUUACUACUCAAGCCCAAGUGAAUCUUAAUGUAUCAUUAGAGGAAGAUAUUGGAAUAAUAAGACUUAAUCUGUUCAACAAAAAUAUUUCGGCAGAUGGACAAAUCUCAUGGGUGAAUAAAGCUUUGGAACACCUUGCCUUCGAUAUCUCAGGAAUGGUAAAAUACUUUGAUAUGCCAAGAACAAUAAAUGCACAUAUUCACAUGUGGAACUUUGAUAGUGAAUUCCAAGAAAUGUCUCUGGCCAGUGAUGUUGAUUAUAACUCCAAAGAAUGGUGGCUGACGGCAAAUGCUACAUUGCUCUGGCCAGUGUGGAAUGAUUUGGAAUUUGUCUCGCAUGCUAUCUUACCACAUAAAACAGAAGAUCAUCACAUUACCUUAGCGAAACUCUAUUAUGAUAAAAAAAUGGCUUAUAACACAUUAUUGUUGAAGUACAGCGCAAAUCCAAAAAGUUUCAACUUUCAUUCAUUAAUCGAGGUGGUGAUUGAACCUGAGACUAUGCAUGGUACGGUACUGAUGCAAACUGGAAAACACAGAAUAUAUGAUCAUCUAAUAACAGUUUCUACCGGAAAUCAAUACGACAUACGCAAUGUUCUUCAGUCGACAAAUUUAAAAGAAGAUUUGACAGUUGCUGUACUUUAUGGAAAGACUGACAAGCAUAAAGUUGAUUUGACAGUUUACUAUCCAGAACCAGUUCCUUACGUCAGAAUGCAUACAGAAUUUUCAGCAUUGAAUAAUCUGUUUGCUACAAUGAACUGCACAACACCAUUUAAAGCAUUUCCUCAUGUUCGAGUGUUUUUGAAACUAAUCACAACCAGGCCAUUUUACCAACGGUACAUUGAAGUGUUUUGGGCUAAUCAAAGUGCACAACUUAAUUAUACUCAUGCUUCUACCUGGGAAAAAGCGGUGCAGAUAACUGAUGGAAAUGUCCUGAUAGAUUUCCCACUUACCAGUCGUCACACGGGACUUCUCAACUACAAAUAUGAAAGUACAGAUUCCGAUGCUAAAGGUCGUUCGAGUCUCUCUUAUAACAAAGAGGUCAUAAUGAGCGGAAAUUAUUCAAGAAAGACGACUUUUACAGACAGGAGCAAAAAUGAAGUCAUUAACAUAAGCGUCAACAACAGUUAUUUACCUACUGGUAUAAUUUAUAUAAAUGAUUACCGUCAAAAGGGACCUCAAAAGUUAUUUCCGAACAGGGAUCUAAAAAGGAUUGAGCUGUAUAAGCUGAGCAACGUCAGUACAUUCAAUAUCACUGGAGAAAUAGAGGUUAAAAAAAAUGUCUUGGAAAGAAAUGUUACUUUCAGAAUUAUCCAUGCAAAGAGAAAGGUGGUACUCGACACGAUAUAUGAUGGAAAAAAUGUAUUCAUUUCAACAGCAAAUUUUACUUUGAGACCUAGCAUCUGGGGGGCUUGUGGAUUUAAUGUCUAUACAAAGGAACUAAUUCCGGGUAAGACUAUUGAAUUUAUCAUUGCGUACCCAAGGAGAUACUUUUCACUAAAGGGUAACUACGAAUACACCGACGAUCUUCUGACAACUGAAAUCACCUUGCUCCCUAACAGAAACAAAAGUCCAACUCAAAUUACUGGAGGAGUCUACUACAUCAGGGAUCCAGAUGAGAACAGUCAAAAUAUUUCUUUCAUUCUGGCUCACCCCUCCUUCCACAAAAAUCUAACCCUUAUUGCAAGACACAUGAAAUCGGAUAAGUUCCCAUUAAAAUUCGACUUAGACUUCGAAUAUUCCUCAGAUAUUAACAAAAAGCUUACAUUUAAUUCUUUUGUCGAAAACAAAACUACGACUCCUAUUAUACAUUACGAAUACAACGCCCACGGAGAUCAUCCAGCAUCAAGGUUAAGGCUUACUUCAUUUGGAUACCUUAAGCUCUCAAACAAAAUGGUUGACUUCAGAGAGAAUGUUACCUACAAAAGAUCGUACGUCCCAUUGUCAUUUUGGUUCAAUGGUCUAAAAGUAGACGUAAACCACAAAAUGUUCGAACUUGAGAGAAACUCCUUAAGAGAACUUUCUUACGUUUAUGGAAAGUACAGCAAAGACAAAACUAAACACAUAAUAAAUGGAGUACUCCUGAAUGGAAAAGACACUAAAAUAUCUGGAGAAUACAUGCUGGAUAUCGCCAAUAGUUUGACCGAACUCGACGUCAACUUGACUGCAGAUGCAUCGGAGAAGCUAAGUAUGAAAGGAAGCCACAGAGAAAGUCGUCAUUCAGUACUUGACAUAUGGAGAAGUUACGACGAUCUAUUCGUAUCAGACUUGCACUUUUCAACAAAUCUGAAUCACUCAAGAUUGCUUACGUCAUACUUGAUAUGGCGUCCUGAAAUUCAGUCGGAUAUCGUGGAUUUAAUACUCAAUAUUACGAAUUACAUAAUGAAUUAUGCGACCGAGACAACAAAUUUUUGGACAAACUAUUUCAAAACUGAAAUAUACGAUUCGACAAUGGAUAUUUGGUUCGAUGCUAAACCAAUUAUUCAAGAUUUUCUAGACGAUAUCCGGGAUGUUAGCGACCUUCAAGAGGAUAUAGCUAUAUUCAAAAAAAUAUUCAUGCAAUCCUACGAGGAAAAUGAGUUCUACAUGCAAGAUAUAUACAAAAUGUACUUGGAUCUUGAACAAGAGAUGUCUUUCAAAGAUAGGAUGUCACAUGUCCCCAAGAUAGUUAACGAGUUGUGGGAAGUUAUGGGAGAAACAGGUGAAACAAUAAGGCAAUCUAUACUGUGGUUUGUCGAAUCGAUCAAAAAAGUAUACAAUAAGGUUGCUGAAUUCGUGAGGGGUCUGAUUACAGGAGAGACUAUAGACAAGAUUUCCGAAUAUUUGCAGAAAAUCGCUGGGAAGUAUGACAAGAUGAUACGUGAGCUGCACAUAUCAUUUUUGCAUUACGUAGAACAGCUAUGGACAGACACAGUGAACAUAAUUUAUAAUUACUGGACAAAAACACUGAAAGUUAUCGAGCCUACGUUCAUCCAGUUCGCUCACCACACUGAAACUGUGUUUUGGGAAGGCAGUAAAAAAAUUUUAGAGUUCUUGUAUGCACGGCAAUCUGAACUGCUCAGUAGCCCUGUAUUUAUGAAAAAUAAGAACUUCACGAAGAAUCUCGACGUUUUCUAUGAGGACAUUACAAAUAAUGAUUUCCUCACGAACUUGAAAAAGUAUACAAAAAUGUUGAUCGACUUAAUAAGGGAACAAUACUUUUCUGCCGUUCCAUUUGGCUAUGAACUAAAUGAGAUUGGUUCAGAAAUAGUUGGAGAAAUGAAAGAGUUGUACAAACUUCCAUUUUUGAACUUCACAAUAGACCUCACAAGAGAGGUUUACAAUAAGACGAGAUGGAUCUAUAAUUAUUUCAACAUUAAUGAUAAACUUCAACGAGUCGUUCCUGUACUCUAUAAUGUCAUCACAGACUAUUCCCACACGGCAUUAGAAAACGAAUUAAUAAAUCAUGGAGCCCGUACCAAGUUCGUUUUUGAACCGGACAGAGGAAAAAUAAUAUUGGAGCAAAAGUUACCGAUGCCCUGGCACGCCUUCAAUGAAACACCAAAUUACGAGGAAAUCAUGGAGUACAAAAUCUUAAAAAAGGUACAAAGAUUUAUUUCGCCGUCUAACAACUCGUUUUGGACAUAUUACUACAAGUUGGCACCGUUGCUAGAACCAUCCAAAUGGUUUCCCCCAUUCAGUGGACAAGCCAUUAUCAUCAGUGGUGUCCAUUUUGUUACUUUUGAUGGCAACCACGUAGAAACUUUUGAUGAUUGCUCUUACCUCUUGGCCAGAGAUUUCGUCCAGAACACCUUCUCACUUGUUUUAAAACAUGAAUUUUCGAAUAAUAUUUUGAUUUUGAUCACAAAGGAUGCUGUCAUCAAUGUCAACCUUCAGAAGCAAAUUGUAAGCUUGGAAAAUCGUGAUAGUUUUUUCCUGCCACUGCAAAUAGGAGAUACUUUUAUAUACGCCGAAGAAGGAAUAGUGACAAUUCAAAACAAAAAUGGUAUCAAACUCCACUGUAACUUCAAAUAUGAAGUUUGCCUGUUCGAAUUGUCAGGUUGGUAUUUUGGUAAAACCGCAGGACUCUUGGGAACUGUGGAUAACGAACCAAAAACUGACUUUUACGCUUCGGAUGGAAGAUUAAAAACCAACUCGAGAGAAUUUAUCGAAAGCUGGAAAAUAGGCAACUGUAUGAGAAUCAAAGAAGUUACGAAUUUCUCAAACAUGAUGAAAGAUAACAUAACCGGUACUGAAAUAUGCCAGGCACUGUUCCAUGCAAAAUCUUCUUCAUUUUCAUCAUGCUACCCAGUCAUAAAUCCACAGCCAUUCUUCAGGAUAUGCCAUAACAAAUUACCUAACAGGUACAAAGACGGAAUCUGUACAUCAGCUUACGCCUACAUCCAGGCUUGCAAGGAGAAAUUCGUACCUCUAAAAAUGCCAACUUCCUGCGUUCUUUGCCCAUUGUUAUACGGUGAUAUCAUUCAAGAGGGAGACUUCACUAGGCUAGAAAGUGAUCUAGUUCCUCAGUCGACUGAUGUGGUUUUUAUUAUGGAAGCGAAGGAGUGCAACCAAUACAUGAGGGAUAGAAGAAUGGUUCAUACAUUUGCCACAAUAUUAGCCAAAGAGCUUUCAAAUGUUGGAAUCGCUAAAAACAGAUAUGCCGUGGUCACGUAUGGUGGAGAUGGUGUGUUCGAUCAGCCCCAUAACAUAGUGGUAAAAAACCAAGUCUUUACCAACGAGAAUGAUUUACCAAACUAUUUUGAGAAAAUAGUCUCAGGUAAUGGAAACACAGACAUCUUCAACGCUCUUAGGUACGCAACAAAACUCCAGUACAGAGCCGGUGUUUCUAAAACGUUCAUUCUUAUUCCAUGUUCUGACUGUGAUCUCGCCAACAUGACGAUUGAAUAUAACGUGUUGAACCAAGCGUUUUUAGAACAGAACAUCACACUUCAUGUACUCAUGAACGCCGAUUUCGAUUUUGAAAAGUUGAGAGUCAACAAAAUGUUCUAUGGUCUAGAUUCUGAAAGAGCGUUUACAAAGAGUGACUUCAAGGUGAUGAAAGGGGAUAUGGAUCUAAGGAGGCAAAUCAAACUUACCAAAUCCAUGAUGGGUUAUUGUACAACAUUGGCAUUAGAAACGAAUGGAACCAUAUUCACGGGGAAAAGGAUGGGAAGUGAAAAUUUAGCCCUUGUGAAAAAGUUUUCUAGUGUCUUCGCCAGAAGGAUAGCAGCCUCUGCACAGCCAGACUCUUGCCAGCACUGCGAGUGUAUGGCGAACUCUGAAGGAAUAGAUUUUGUUGAUUGUAUUCCCUGCGCCAUACCUGUACCGGCAUAUACGGACUUCGACUUCCAAGAAAACGGAACACUCUCAUUUUGGCAAGCGUUUGAACCAGAUAACUUUUAACAAAUCAACUAAUCGCUUCAGUACCAAGAUAAUCUAACAUUUUACUUAAAUAUAUAUUAUAUUUUCGAAAACAUGAUUGAAAUUAUCAUAGAACAUAUAUUUCCUAUUUGUCUAGGAGAGGUGAAAAACCAGUGUAAAUAUUAGUUAUUUUUAAAUUUGUAUAGUUGAAUUAUAUUUAGAUUUUUUUUUUAGAAUAUAAGGUAUUCAUAAUUUUAAAUCUGAACCAUGUAUAUAACAUUUUAAAUAUGAGUUUAAUUUAUUAAAUAAAGUGCAU